AUGAAGCUAACAAAAAUGAGCCGCGUCUUCGCCUGGGGAACUGUCCUGUUGAUGCUACAGAUGGCAGGCACAGAACCUGCCCUGAGGACUCCUCAUGACAAAGCGGGGGUAUUUGCAGACCUGAGUGCCCAGGAGAUAAAGGCUGUGCACAGCUUCCUGAGGAACAGGACGGAGCUGGGGCUCCAGCCAUCCAAGAAAGUGACCAUGGCCAAGAACUCAGUGUUUCUCAUUGAGCUGCUACUUCCCAAGAAGAAGCAUGUGCUGAACUUUCUAGAUAAAGGAGGAAAAAACCCUGUUCGGGAAGCCAGGGCCAUCAUCUUCUUCGGUGCCCAGGAGCACCCCAACAUCACUGAAUUUGCUGUGGGGCCCCUGCCAUUGCCGUACUACAUUCGAGAACUAUCCCCCAGGCCAGGGCACCAUCUGUCCUGGUCAUCCAGACCCAUCUUGGCGGCAGAGUACGACCUCCUCUUCCACAUGCUGAGGAGAGCCAUCGCACCUCUGCAUCAGUUUUUCCUCAACACCACUGGCUUCUCAUUCCUGGACUGUGAUGCCCGGUGCUUGACUUUUACUGAUGUGGCCCCCCGUGGUGUGGAGUCUGGUCAGCGCAGAAGCUGGCUUAUUGUGCAGCGCUAUGUAGAAGGUUACUUCCUGCACCCCAUGGGUCUAGAGAUCCUUGUGGAUCAUGGGAGCACAGAUGACCAGGACUGGAGAGUAGAGAAGCUCUGGUAUAAUGGGAAGUUUUACGACAGCCCAGAGGAACUGGCUCAGAAAUAUGCAAAUGGAGAAGUGGACACGGUGGUCCUCGGGGACCCACUGCCUGAGGGCACAGAGCAGCCCCCCCUCUUCUCUUCCUACAAGCGCCGAGGGGAGUUUCCCAUGCCCAUCAACAUCUCUGGCCCCCACAUUGUUCAGCCCAAUGGCCCCCGGUACAAGCUGGAGGGCCACACUGUGAUCUAUGGAGGUUGGAGCUUCUCUUACCAGCUCAGAACCUCUUCUGGGCUGCAGAUCUUUAAUGUGCUCUUUGGAGGUGAGCGUAUCGCCUAUGAGGUCAGUGUGCAAGAGGCUGUAGCACUGUAUGGAGGACACACACCUGCAGGCAUGCAGACUAAAUAUAUUGAUGUUGGCUGGGGCCUGGGCAGUGUCACUCAUGAGUUGGCCCCUGGCAUUGACUGUCCAGAGACUGCUACUUUCCUGGACACCUUCCACUAUUACGACAGCGAUGGCCCUGUCCGUUAUCCACAUGCUCUCUGCCUCUUUGAGAUGCCCACAGGGGUGCCCCUUAGGCGCCACUUUAACUCAAACUUUAAAGGGGGCUUCAACUUCUACGCGGGUUUGAAGGGGUAUGCACUGGUGCUUCGGACAACAUCAACAGUCUACAAUUAUGAUUAUAUCUGGGAUUUCAUCUUCUACCCUAACGGUGUAAUGGAGACCAAGAUGCAUGCCACUGGCUAUGUCCAUGCCACCUUCUACACCCCUGAGGGGCUGCGCCAUGGCACUCGCUUACAAGCCCACCUGCUUGGCAACAUCCACACCCACCUCGUGCACUACCGUGUUGACCUGGAUGUGGCAGGCACCAAGAACAGCUUCCAGACACUGAAGACAAAGCUGGAAAACAUCACCAAUCCCUGGAGCCCAAGUCACUCCGUGGUCCAACCCACACUCGAGCAGACCCAGUACUCCCGGGAGCGCCAGGCUUCAUUCCGCUUUGGCCAGACUCUGCCCAAGUACCUGCUCUUUAGCAGCCCUCAAAAGAACUGUUGGGACCACAGGCGUAGCUACCGCCUGCAGAUCCACUCUAUGGCUGAGCAGGUGCUGCCACCAGGCUUGCCGGAGGAGCGGGCUGUCACUUGGGCCAGGUACCCCCUGGCUGUGACAAAGUAUCGGGAGUCUGAGCGCUAUAGCAGCAGCCUCUACAACCAGAAUGACCCCUGGGAUCCCCCUGUGGUCUUUGAGGAGUUCCUUCAGAACAAUGAGAACAUUGAAGAGGAGGAUUUGGUGGCCUGGGUGACGCUGGGCUUCCUGCACAUUCCCCACUCAGAGGACAUCCCCAACACAGCCACACCUGGGAACUCUGUGGGCUUCUUGAUCCGGCCCUUCAACUUCUUCCCAGAAGACCCGUCCCUGGCAUCUAGAGAUACUGUGAUAGUGAGGCCCCGGAACAAAGGCCACAACCAUGUCCAGCGCUGGGUUCCUGAGGACAGAAACUGCUUGAUGGUGCCUCCUUUCCACUACAAUGGCACCUACAACCCUGUGUGAAGGAUCUGGUCCCAGACUCUGCAGAACAGCCCCAGAGUCCCAAGGGAUGGGCAGUAAAUCCUUCUGUUUCUACCAUGUAUGCUGCUUUUUAGCAGCAGGGGAGGGCUGGUCGUGGGCUCUAUUCAUGUUUUAGUAUCGCACCUGCCAGUGAAUUCCAUGACCAAUGCAAAGGAAGGAUGCUGAAAAUCUAUAGCAGGUGGGUUGUGGCUUUUUGUUUUUGUUUUUAACA